AUGGCUGCGAAGCGCAGUCUGCGGCUGCUGCCUCUCGCAGUCGCAGGUGUGUUGUGGCUCUGCCGGUCAUCCCUUUCUCUUCGAGGCGCUGCAGCACCGUUGUCUUUCGCCUUCCCAAGGGCCAGAGAUGCCGAGAAGAUGCGAUUAGCCAAGUACGAGACCGCAGACGGCAACCCAGUCAAUGCGCUGUUAAAGCCACAGAAAGACGAGGACGAGGACAGCCUGGAGGAAACCACAGAAGAAAAAGUGAAAGCUGGUGCUAUUCUAUCGUCCUACGCUUUGGCCUUCGUGAUCCCGUUGGCCUUCCUGGCAGCCGUCAUCCUGUCAAUUUGGACGCCCGGCACCGACGUGGAAAUCGGAGCAUCGAAGAGUUCCCCCUAUCGCAGCAUGGGGGCGAUCUCGCGGUUUGACGACGAGAUGGACAGACAAAGGACUCUUCUGACCCAGCUACCGGUGUUCGUGCUUCGAAUUCAGAAGCCGACCGGGACCACGCAGGGGCUUCGCUUCGGCAAAGUUUGGCGCCAUUGCCGACGACUGCCGGCGUGGCAGCGCUUCCUGCUGUGGUGUGUCGCUUGGUUGGCCUUCUUGCAGCUUGCCGAUUCUGGGAGGUCUAAUGGGCCGUCUAGUUGGGCGAUGAUUGGAGUGACAGGCUCUGCCAAGGCGGGAGGAUCGGAGCCGAGAGGGCCCAGCGUGCUAGUGGAGGCUAAGCCGAAGACACGAAGCAAAGAGCCGAGCACGAACCGGCCCUUCGGGGAAUACAAGGACGGGAGGGUCAGAGGUGCAGACAGCACGGCAGAGGAGGAAGAAAAUGACGACGAUGAAGAUGCAGACGAGGAUGAUGACGGGGAUGAUGACGAGGAUGAUGAGGACGAUGAAGACGACGGUGACGACGAAGACGAGGAAGGGGAUGACAAGAUCGAAGAGAAGCUCGACGAGCAGGAGAAAAGGAUCGAUCAAGACCGUGGCAAAGCAGAGGACAACACUUGGAGAGUGAAAGCCGCGAGCUCUGAUGAAACCCUGCAGGAAGAGGUCGCCACCAUCAUGCAAGGAGAGGCUGGAUCUUGCUCGCAGCCAACAAAUUCCUCAACUGAUGUUUGUUGCCGCGGCGCUGUGGCGCGGAUACAGACCACCGCCAAGCUGAGGAGUUCGUAUUUGCAAUCUCCACGAGACCCGACGAACCUCCAGAGCUGGUGGUCUCAGUUGGCGCCUUCCACGGCAAGGUGGUACCAACAGCGCGCUUCAGACGAAGCUGCUGGCCAUCGGUGGAGUGGCAUCGCGGUGCUGGUUGUUGGCCAGGUUCGAGCUGGCACGGAAGACCGCGUGACUCGCAACAUCCACCAGCAUGUAUUCCAGGCGAUGCCAACAUCGCGUCAUCACAUCUUCGCGGUUCUGGAGUUUACUCAGAGUGGCUUCACGUGGCGCGGGCAGAACCACAGCAAACGUCACUACAGCAGAGAUUUCACUGAGGAGCAGGUUAAGGAAAUGCUGGCCAAGUACGGAGGUAACUACACUUUGGCGGAGUGGACGCUGGAAGAUGUGGAACGAGAGAAGGACGUGUACUCAAGUUGCACCAACCAGGCAAAAGCAGGCCUGGGCUUGACCCAGCAGUACCUGAAGUUUGCUCGAGCUUUGGAGCUGAUGCGUAAGCAUGAAGAAGCAGACGGUCAGCGCUUUUCCCUGGUGCUCAGGAUUCGACCAGACAUUAUGUACAUUGGCAGCGUGGCCUCGGCUCUGCGAUACCGCCUUGAAGAAGCGACAGCUCCAGUGAAUUCCACGGUCCCUUUCGUGUGCGGUUCAAUUGGAGGUGGAGGUGGUGACGCAGUGUUGAUGGUGGACAGAUCUGCUGCGACUGUCCUGGGCAACGUUUGGCGCUCCCUUCGUGGUUGUCGCCUCGAAAACGUGGAUGACUGCCAGUCUUGGCCAGCAAUCUUUGGAGCUUGCCUGGCUCGUCCGAGUCCGAGACACUUGCGCAAUCUCGUCCGGGAGCAGUGCGAGCACGGGUGGGCUCCGGUGUUUCUGCGUCAUGGUGUCCCGAACUCUGACUGUGGCAUCAGUGGAAUUAUCGCGGAGCCUCCCCGCGGGCCUCCCAACAGGUGA